CGCACACAACGUGCUCUAAAACCAGCGUAAUGACGUAACGUCUUUGUGUUGGCAAAUCACGGUGAACGCUGGGCGGGCAGUGUGAAGCUGUAGUUGAGUGUUAGCAGGCUAACUAGAGAAAGAAAGCUAACUAAUCGUGAGAGUGGAAGUGGAGCUAACGUUAAAGGCAACUGUCAAAACAGCAAGGGGAGCAGUAUUUUUAGUAAUAAUUCAGUUAGAUGACUAGCUACAUGAACAGGUGUGUAGCUAGUUAAUCUGAGACCGUGUUUGUCAGAUGCCCGAGGAGCAUUUUGGAUACUACAUCGAUUGUCCCAUUUCCAAACGGAAACCAUUUCUGGACAAACAGUUCGUAACUAGCUAGCCAGCUAGCUGAAUCAUCCAGGAGACUUUUCAUUGUCACUGACAAACCCAAACUGAAUGUUUUGUCUGUCAUGAGUCCUGCCGGGUGCUCCCAUGUUAACGGUUAUAAGGUGGAUAAUUGGAAACAAAAUCUUCGAGUCAUAUACCAAUGCUUUGUUUGGAGUGGUACUGCUGAGACAAGGAGACGCAAGGCCAAGUCGUGUAUCUGUCACAUGUGUGGCGCCCACCUGAACCGACUCCACUCUUGUCUCUACUGCGUAUUCUUCGGCUGUUUUACGAAGAAACACAUCCACGAGCACGCAAAAAACAAGAGACACAAUCUAGCAAUAGACUUAUUAUACGGGGGAAUUUAUUGUUUUGUGUGUCAAGACUACAUAUACGACAAAGACAUGGAGCAGAUUGCCAAAGAGGAACAGAGGAAAGCCUGGAAAUUGCAAGGCAUAGGGGAGAAAUACACAACAUGGGAGCCGACCAAGAGGGAGCUAGAAUUAUUACGACACAAUCCAAAGCGAAGGAAAAUCACUACAAACUGUACCAUAGGUUUACGAGGGUUAAUAAACCUGGGCAACACAUGUUUCAUGAACUGUAUUGUUCAGGCCCUAACACACACACCGCUGCUUCGAGACUUCUUUCUCUCCGACAGACACAAGUGCGAGAUGCAAUCAAACUCCUGUCUGGUGUGUGAGAUGUCGCAGCUCUUUCAGGAGUUCUAUUCGGGCCACCGGUCACCCCACAUUCCCUUCCGGCUGCUGCACCUGGUGUGGACUCAUGCACGUCACCUUGCAGGCUACGAGCAGCAAGACGCCCACGAAUUCCUCAUCGCAGCAUUAGACGUUCUACAUAGGCACUGCAAAGGGGACACCAUCAGAGAUGACAAUGGGAAGAAGGCCAACAAUCCAAACCACUGUAACUGCAUCAUUGACCAAAUCUUCACUGGGGGCCUGCAGUCAGAUGUUACCUGUCAAGUUUGCCACGGGGUUUCCACAACGAUAGAUCCAUUUUGGGACAUCAGUCUGGACCUUCCUGGCUCAUCGACGCCUUUCUGGCCCCUCAGCCCGGGAGGGGAUGGCAGCACAGUCAAUGGAGAGAGCCAUCUGUCAGGGUCCACCACUCUCACAGACUGCCUACGCAGGUUUACGCGGCCAGAGCAUCUAGGAAGCAGUGCCAAAAUCAAGUGUGGCGGUUGCCAUAGCUACCAGGAAUCCACCAAACAGCUGACAAUGAAGAAGCUCCCCAUCGUAGCAUGUUUCCAUCUUAAACGGUUCGAGCAUUCUGCCAAACUGCGGAGGAAGAUCACUACAUACGUUUCCUUCCCCCUAGAGUUAGACAUGACGCCAUUCAUGGCAUCCAGUAAAGAGAGCAGAAUGAACGGGCAGUAUCAACAGACGGUUGAUGUACUAAACAACGACAAUAAGUAUUCCUUGUUUGCCGUAGUCAACCACCAAGGCACAUUAGAGAGUGGCCACUACACCAGCUUCAUCCGCCAGCACAAAGACCAGUGGUUCAAAUGCGAUGAUGCCAUAAUCACCAAGGCCAGCAUUAAGGAUGUACUCGAUAGUGAAGGGUAUCUCUUAUUCUACCAUAAACAGUUCCUUGAGUAUGAGUAGUCUUUGUGACCACUGACCAUGAAGAACCUCUGCUUCUAAUGAGAGAGCCAAUGGACUGGGGACAGGAUGAAACACAAUUACACAACCUACCUGAAACUCUUUGACUAACCAGUCUGCUCCUCCAGCUCUGGAGGACAAAAAUAAAAAGACGUGUGAAUUCAUGCAACCUUUCAAAAGAAAAGAAAAAACAAACAAGCACUGAGCUACUUCUUGGCAUCUACUUGACAAAACUGAAUGAAGAGGAGUGUAGAAGGAGGAAGAGUCAGGCGUCGUCAGUUCCAGGCUUGGGAGGAGUGAAGAGGCCCCACACCGCUCACGUUCUCUCCCUUCCCUUAGGGGGACAGGGGCUGUCUUGAGUGUUGAUUGGGCACAUCUGGAUUUUUCUUACAGUAUUCUGACCCCCUCCACCACACACACACACACACGCACGCACACGCACACACACACACACACACACGCCCUUUCCAUUUCUCUCCCAUGGUGCUAUCGUUUCAACUGACCAAGCAUUUAACUUGAUUAUGCUGACCAAGCAUUUAACUUGAUUUGUUGUCAUAUGCAUAUGGGACUGAACGCAAAACAGAAUAGAAUCAACGUGUUAUGAACUUUGCAAGAAUUCUUUUUUUAAGGUAUGGUUAUGAUUCUUAUCAUUUGUGAAUUUAGUUAUGCCAUACUGUAUAAAUAUAGUAUACAUCUAUUGUUUAAGAGCAAAAAAAACAACAUGGGAGAGCUUAGAGACGCUGCCUUUGCCAGUUCCUGGGGAUGUGCUGCCAUGGAAACUAAGCGGAUUUGGACAUAAGUGUGCCCCUGUUCCAUUAUUUACUGUGUUGAUUGUUUUAUUUUUAAGUCUGGUUGAGGGCAGGGAAUAUCUAUUUUUUUAGCAAUUUUUAUUUACUGUUUUUUCAGUGUCUUUAUUUUUAAUUUCUUUUUACGUUUCAGUACAGUCAUAUUUCCCUCUGUUCUUGUACUGGAAAUGUUUUUGGACGUGUUAUACUUUCAUUCUUGUGGAAUUGUUGGUAUAAUGAUGGUGAUGGUUAAAUUGGCUAACCUUUUGCUGUUUAUGAAUUGUAUGUUGAAUGUGAGCUUUGGGUUUCGUCUGGCAUUCUGAAGAGAAGUCUCGAUACAUUAACUCCAAAUGAGAUCUUAUAAUGUGAGAAUGCGGUGGUCUCGCCUUGUUUAACACCUUGAAUGCUCUGUACAAAAAAAAAAAAACAGCCCAUUUAACAACACUGCAUGCUACUGGGCUCUCAUGAUCUUAUAUGUGAAAAAUUGCCCUCAGCAUCAACUCCAAGGCCUGGUGCCAAUCAUGAUUUUUUUGUGAGGUUUGGGGGUGGGAAGACGGAUCAUGUGAGAUAUAUAUACAGGGUAAAACACAUUGCACGUAUAUGGGCACUGUGCAACCAUAGCCUGAUUAUGAAUACAUCAGUGUUAAAACUUCUCCAUGGCAACUGUCUGUGUGGCUGGUGUAGACCGGUGUGGUUCGUGGUGUCUUGCCUCUGCAGUGCAUUAAACCCAGUGCUCUAUUCAAUCAGUAUGCUGUCAAGUCAGACUCAAGAUAAUGCACAUACACAUCAGGGUGUUGUGAUCUGUUUUGUUUAAAUAUCACUGAUUGUGUAUGUA